UAAUGUUAUUUAUUAAAUUAUCAUCUACUUUUGCUAGCCAAACAAUAACACGCUCGUUGCUAUGUGAUAUGGCCCUUUGAAACAUGAAUAAAAAUCAUUUAUCUCACACCCAACACACAAAAUCAAACUGAAUUAUAAAUACAACUAACUAGUUAACAUUCCAUUUGACGACCUUGACAUAUGCGUCACUAUUUCCCCACUACUGACUGAACCAAUGAUAUAAUAGUGUCAAUUACCUCUCCCUAGGGAUAACACAUGUUUUUUGCUGCGUAAAAACUACUAAUAAGUUCAAAGAUAAGCAAAAUAACGCGAAUAAACAUCCACAACAAACGAUGAAAAGGUUCACGUACCGUGUUGUUAAAUUCAUUAAUUUACCUCCUUUUGAAGGUAUUGAUGAGUACGUAUGUGUGCCCUUGACAUGGAUGGUAACUCGUCGGGGUCAAAUAGCUUCAAUUGCAUACCCACAUGACGAAAACCCUUCAGACACAAGAAACCGGGUCAAAAACGUGGAGCCACAUCAGGAUAACUGGCGGUGUUAUUUAGCUGAAGUUACACACGAAACCAAUUCUUUCGAGGAUGCAGAAUCUUGGAUAGCUUCGAAAGUAAACGGUACGCAGCCACGGGUAACUUCGAAUAGUGAAUUGUACAGAGCUAAUCAUGACGACUCGUCGAAAAAUAACAAAGAGCAAGAUAAACCAAAAAUAAAUUCUUUCAAUUUUAGGCCACCUUUACCAAAAACGUCAAACAAUGUUGACUAUUAUACUAAUCCAACACCAGGCUGUUCAAAAGACAGUCAAUCAUUACAGAGGGACUGUACAACAGAAACUAGUCAAACGACAAAUAGUACUAUAGGUUCUACGAGUGGAAAUAAAUCAGAACCAAGAACUAAAAGUCGCUAUGCUGAAAGUGACUACGACUCUGAUGAAUCUAGUCGCCUUGUUAUUUGUGAGGACACGAUGCCUUCACCGCUAACCCAGGAACCUAAUGAAGUUACUGACAACAAACUCGGUAACAUCGCCAGCAAAACAACGACUGCACUACUUAACCAACAAAAUGAUUUGUCUUUAAGUUCAAUACAAAUAUCAGAUGUUCGAUCUACAAGAAAUACAAACAACGAUGAGAUGACAAGCAACGAUGCAACGUCACUUGUAAGAGAGUCUACUUCUCAUAACAAAACACCUAUUUCUCAUAACGAACCAUCUACUUCUAGCAAUAGACCAUCAACUUCUUUUGACAGACCUUCCAUUUCUUACGACAGAUCGUCUACUACUCACGAAGUAUCAUCAAGUUCUUACAAUGCGCCAUCUACAUCUAGCAAUGGCCCAUUUACUUCUGGUAAAGGACCAUCUACUUCUAGUGAAGGACCACCUACUUCCCAAAACUUACAAGACUUUACUGCUAAUUUGUUGAUUAAUAUGAACGGAGUACCAACUUUAAUACCACUUCAUUUAAUAGACAAUAAAUUGAAACCUGAACAGAUCGCGAAAAAGGUGACCACUGCAUCACAAACGCCAUUGCUAACAACUUCGAAAGAAAUACCAUUAAUCAUUUCUCAGAAUCCACACCAAAAUGUUCCCCGUAAACAGGAAUCACCCACUCGAAACACCAUGAGCCAAACAGCUCCUAGAAGCAUCACUAUCAACGCCCAAAAAAAUAAGAUUAAACAAGGUAAAAAUACAAAAACCCUACACCAUGUACCAAAGGUGCAAUUUAAGCCAGCAAAAUACCAAGCCAGAGAAAAUCAUCACUCUAAAAGAAUUCAGCAUAAAACGUACAGAAAAAAUAACUCACAACAAGGACAACACAGACCGCUAACUGGGUACAAAGGUCCUACUGAAAGGACGGUACCACCUACAGAACGUGAUUUGAUUGAUUUACAACAGACUGUCUCUGCCCCUAAACCUCCUUCGUCAGAACCUUCAUAUACGACAAACCAAUCAUUACAGACUGCAUAUCAGAAAUUUAUACAAAGUGUACAGAAAUCAUUGAUAACUGUAACGGGAACACCUAAUGAGAUCAACAAUCCAAAUUCAGCGGCGACCUCUCGAGAUAAGGAAGCAACAACAUCUCGUGAUGCGCUCAGCUUUGCUGUACCUAAAUGUUUCUCCAAUCAAUCACCUAGACCGCAAUUACCAGCUCAACAGAAUAGAAUGCCAAAGCAAUGUUCUACCACAAGAAAUUCUACGACAAAUCAGAUUGCUGUGCAAAACCCCAACCUUGCAAGUGAGCAAAAAAUGAUGGACCUGGUUGGUGAGCUAUUCGAAAAGAUGGGACGCGAUUUGUUUAAUGCAAAGCAAAUAUACCAACACCAACGGAGUGCCAUGAUUGAAAGUGUUGAACUUUACCAUGAUCUAUUGCAGUCAGGUAAACUCUACAAUGAGUCACUAAAUACAGAAAAUAAUACAUCCUCCACAAGGAACGUCUUACUAAAAUUUCCGAAAAUUUGUGAAACAAUUUUAACUGAAAUAGAACCCAGAGAAAAUUCAAGUAAUGAUGAGCAACUUAGCAAUAGCUACAACCACUUAGAGCAAUUUCAUUUACCACCAGAAUAUAAUCCUAAUGAUAGUAGAUGGACAUUGAAGAUUAGAGAAAGGAUGCCAGGAGUAGUUGAGCUCGUACCCAAAACUGGUAUUUAUGUUGUCCAUGAAGAGCUUCAGUACGCCAAGCAUGUGUCUAAAGAUUGCCAAUCAUUAGCCCAACAAUUGUUACCGGAGGUUUUCAACAGAUUAGCCUUGGGUGUAUGUUUAACAUUGACUGAAGCAAGGGAAGCUAAAAAUAGUUCUAAAUUAGUGCCUUCCAAUGUUGAGCCCAUAUUAGAUCAGGGAGGGUGCAAAGCUCUGUUAAAAUUCGUUUUGUAUUACGGGGCCCAACGCGGUUGGAAUCUGGCCUUACAAAGCAUCAUCAAUGCCAUCGACAUGAAGAUAAAGAAUUUUCGAUUUAAAUAUAACGUCUUAACUGAACUUAGAGAUACAUCUUAAAAGAUAAUUAAGAACUUUUUUCUAAAUAAACUUUAUGAAACUUAA